AUCAAAAUUAAAAUGAAGUCAAAAGGGCUUUAAAUAAAUUUCAAAAUAUUUUAAGUAGAAGUUAAAAAAGUUAGUUAUAAUAUACAUCAUGGAUAUACAACAUGAGUCAACCACAAAGAUUAAUCAAACAUUUCAUAACAAGAAGAUAUUUACAUUAUGCAAAAACAACCACAUCAAACAUGUAUCCUUUUAUGACAUACAUACAUUAUGGUAAAAUAUUCAUUUGUGGCGGUACUUUAAUUGCUCCCAAUUGGGUAAUGACUGCAGCUCAUUGUGUAAAUAAUUUCUGGAAAUACGGCCCUGUGGAUCAACUACAAGUAACAAUUGGAUGUAAUAACAUAUUCGAGGACCAAAAAUAUUCAGCAAAAUUAAUCAAAAUUAUAAUUCAUGAAAAUUACGCAGAGCCCUCUUUAAGAAAUGAUAUUGCAUUAAUAAAACUAGAAAACAAUAUUCCAAGUGAAUAUGGAAGACCAGUUAAUAUUCCAAAUGUGGAAGUAAAUGCCACUGACAGAAGGGCUGUUAUUCUUGGUUGGGGUGAAAAUGAAUUCAACAGUUAUCUUGGUUAUUUACGAUGUGGUCUUGUAAACAUUACAAGUUGUCCUUGGUUUUUAAAUUCAGACUUAAAUAAAAUUUGCUCUCUUGUACCAAAAAGAAGUUUUAAAACAAUUACGGAUACAGGUGACAGUGGUGGUGCACUUCUAUUGCCUAGAAAUGACGGUUUUAUACAAAUUGGCAUAAUAAGCUCAGAAUGGGAACCAUUUGAUGAUGUCUACUGCAAGUGUUGUAUAUUUACUGAUGUGACAAAGUACUUGGAUUGGAUUCGUUUCAAUUUAUUUUACCAAUAAUAUUUUUAUUUUUUAACAAACUUGAUCAUCGUACGACCAGAAAGGCACCCUCGGAAAAUUAAAAUAAGGCACACUUAUUUUCAUUCCUCUGAA